UUAUACUCGAAUUUCCUCGGGUACUUUACGCAUAUUGCCAGUUUGUAAAUACUGACGUAGAAUGAUAGUCAUGUUUUCCGAAAUCAGACAGUUAUUGAGUUAACAUGUUUUACACUUGGAGGCCUGACGAGGGUUUUUAUGUAUAUCUCAAGUGGAUCGACAUCGUUACAGAAUGAUUUUAAACAGCAACGUUAUCUUAGUUGGGAAAAAGGUUGUUCUUGUUCCAUAUGAAGAAAUCCACGUUCCAAAGUAUCAUGAAUGGAUGAAGUCAGAAGAGCUUCAGAAAUUGACAGCAUCUGAACCCCUCUCUCUUGAAGAGGAGUAUGGAAUGCAGAAGAGUUGGAGAAAUGAUGAGUUCAAAUGUACAUUCAUAAUGCUAGACAAAGAAAAGUAUAAUGGUCCUAAAACAGAAAUUGAUGCUAUGGUUGGUGACGUCAAUUUAUUCCUGACUGAAGAAGAAGAUGAACUUGCAGGAGAAAUAAACUUGAUGGUAGCAGAAGAGAAUGUGCGUCACAAAGGUUUUGGUACAGAGUCUUUGUUCCUGAUGAUUCGUUAUGGAUGGGAGAAAUUGAAGCUAGAAAAAGUGCGAGCAAAGAUUGGAUUCGAUAAUGAGCCCAGCAUAAAAAUGUUUACAAAGCAUGGAUUUCGUGAAGUUUCCAGAUCGGAUUUUUUCAAAGAAGUAACUUUAGUGCUCAAUCUAACAAGUGACGUCAAGGCAAAGAUUGCAGAAUUGACAGAAGGUUUUAGAGAAGAAAAAUAUAAAUAAAUCUGUUAAAAACCCCA